UCCAUUUAUAUCUCAAUUCUCUCCCAAAGCAAUGAGUGGCUCACGAGCGUCGAGUUCGGCGACUCCAACCGGACAGCGGCCAACAGCCAAAAGAUCUCCGUCCAUUUUGGUAACAGAUUCCAGAACCCAUACCAUCAAAGGUACACGAGCUCCGUUUGCUGGGCACAACUAUAAGAAACAACAGCAGCAACAGCAGCAACAAAACAAGUACACUGAUAUCUCCGUCGAUAAACUACUCAGCAAUAGUAGUGACAUUCCCUCCGGCCAACUGAGACUACCUCCACUUAUCUCUAGCACCAACCGUAGAGCAUCUUCUCCGCUUGGCUCACAACGUUCGCCGUCUCCUCCCGUAGCUAGUCUCCGUGCAAAUGGGCUUAGACGUAAUAUCAGAUCUAUUCCCAAGCUCUCACUGUCAUUACCUCUGAGAACAUCCAAAACAUCCCAGAAAUUGGUGUUGAUUCCUGAGCUGCAGCGCUACCAUACGAACUCUCCACCCAAUCUUCCUCCUAAUUCUACAUCUACACUGAGUCAAGCUUCAGCUGGAGCUGUUGUAGACGUCGAACUUCAGGCACAGAUAGAGCGUUCACGUGCGGAGAUGAUGUCCAAAGAUGCAAGAGCGCAGGAGUUCAGCCGGAUGACGGCGUACUUUAUAUGUGAACAGUUUAAUCUUGCAGGAGUUUCCAAGUUUUUGCGAGAAAACCACGAAGUCAAGCCGAGGAUGUACGAUGAGGCUCUUUAUGUUCCUUAUGCGUUACCUUUAUUACCUGGAGCAGACGGUUUUCGCGUCAAAUCAAACAACUCUGCCAAAUUACUACCGAACAAGAGGUACAUGGAAAAGAUGAUAAACAAGAGUGAACAGACUGACCACUUGUAUGAGUACUAUUCGGGUGUGGAGACACCUGAAGAUGCCAACAACUAUUCAAUGGAUCCUGAGCUUGAGAAUUUUGACAGCAGCUCGCCAUUUGAUCCCCUGGAGCCGCAAUUCUUCGCGCCACCCUUAGAGACUAGCGGGAUCAGUGAGGAUGGAGUAAAUAGCAUCUCCAGCAAUGGUGAAACAACCAACACCGUGGACACCAGUGAAUCCAAGGAAACGUCACCGUCAUCUGAUUCCAAACGUUCGCACUCUAUACACAGCUCACUCCAUAGUCAGGCUGAAGUUUCUAAACACCAUGCUGAAAUGUUUGUGUUUGCCUAUGGCAUUGUCGUAUUCUGGAACUUUUCCGAGAUUCAUGAGAAAAACAUCUUGGCUGAUUUGGCGUUUGCUGAUGAACCUCAACCUUUACUUAUCCAUCCCAUAGAUGAGCAGGACAUAGAGACAGAAGAGUUCCACUUUGAAUAUGACUCCCAGAUCCACCGUCCCCGUAUAUACAACGACAUGAUCACCUUGCGUUCGGGGGACCAUCUCAUUAAACUCACGAUGUCGCAUGCCAUCGCGCAGCUGACAAAGUUGUGUCUUUUCGAAAGUCGGAUGGUUAAUAUCUUACAGCUGAUUUCCAAGAUGCCUAAGAAAUUAGCCUUGACAGGAACUUUAGGAUUGAAACGUACGCAACUCUUGAAGAAGUCAGGUAAGCUCUUCAAGUUAAGAGUCGACGUCAAUCUCUCGAGCUCAAUCUUGGACACACCGGACUUCUUCUGGUCCAUCGAACCAGCUCUACACCCAUUGUACAACGCUGUACGGGAAUACUUGGAGAUCGAUCAACGUGUACAGGUCUUGAACGAUCGUUGCAAGGUCUUUUUGGAGUUUGUCGAUAUCGUCAGCGAUAGUAUGAACGAGAAAAACACAAACAGAAUCACUUGGAUGAUAAUUGUCAUCAUCUUUUUGAGUUUAACUGUCAGUGUGUUUGAGUUCUUUCUAGAGGUGAUAUAGACUGAGCAUUGAGAAUUGCUAAUAUCCCAAAAAUCUUGAAUGCCUUGAAAUUCACCUACAAAUUAAUCAUAAUUCAUCUUCGUCAUCGCAUACUGUUCAAGUACUAUAUAGCAUCACCCAUUAGCAUAUCCUUAAAUAACUCGAGUUUAAC